CAAAAAAAAACAGUACUCCGUUACAGGAAUUCCGAAGGUGGUUCGUGAAGCCGGCAAAGUCGAAGUUGGGCGGGACGAUCUUCGCAGCGGUGCUCUGAAAUGGACUGCUCCAUCUGCUUUCACGAUGGCAGCAUCACCGACUUGAUUAACAGUCGCACUCUCCACACUCAUAAUGAUUUUAACCAUGCUGUGCAGAUGCACUCCUCACUCGUGCGGAGGCUCUCACUGGAAAGAGAACUAGAGGGGCACCGUGGCUGUGUGAAUACUAUAGCUUGGAAUUCAGAAGGCUCUAUGCUAAUUUCAGGAUCUGAUGAUACUCAAGUUAACAUCUGGUCCUAUUCAAGUCGAAAACUUAUGGACUCAAUUGAGACUGGCCAUUCUGCCAAUAUUUUCUGUACAAAAUUUGUCCCUGAAACUUCAGAUGAACUUGUGGUUUCUGGGGCAGCAGACGCUGAGGUGGAACCUGGAAAUCCUAAUCUGGUGUGGAGUGCCAGUGAAGAUGGAACAUUUCGGCAGCACGAUUUUCGUGAGGGUUCUUCUUGUCCUCCAGCUGGGUCCUCUCAUCAAGAAUGUCGUAAUGUUCUUCUCGAUUUGCGUUGUGGAGCUAAGAGGUCACUAGCAGAUCCUCCAAAGCAGCCUCUUUCUUUGAAGUCUUGUGAUAUCAGUUCUACUAGGCCCCAUUUAGUCCUUGUCGGCGGCAGUGAUGCAUUUGCACGUGUAUAUGAUAGAAGAAUGCUGCCGCCACUAUCAUCUAGUCAGAAUAAGUUGCCACCACCUCCAUGCGUGGACUACUUUUGCCCAAUGCAUCUAUCCGACCUGGGACAUUCCAGCUUGCAUCCUACUCAUGUUGCUUUCAGUCCUAACGGGGAGGAGCUUCUUGUUAAUUAUGGUGGGGAGCAUGUAUACCUCAUGGACGUUAAUAAUGUUUUGGGGAAUACAGUGAGAUAUACCUCAAGAGAUGUCUCAAAGCUAACCAGCCUGAGUCCCAAACUUGACAAAGCAGAAGUGAAAUCAUCGUUUUCAGGUGUAUCCCUAAAUGGUUUCCCUGUGAGAAACAAAGCUGCAGGACUUGAUAAGUGCAGGAAACUAAUUCGUUUUGCUGAAAAAUCAUUGAAAGGAGAAACAGAUCGUUAUUAUGGAAUUGAGGCUUGUAAUGAAGUGUUGGAUGGUCGUGGUUAUGAGAUUGACCCAACAUUGGUGCAUGAGUGUUUGUGCAUACGUGCCUCCUUGUUACUCAAGAGGCGGUGGAAAAAUGAUUCUCACAUGGCUAUCAGAGACUGUCACAGAGCUCUCAAACUAAAUCCUUCUUCAACUGGGGCACUCAUUUGCAUGGCUGAAGCACUGUCCAUGCUGGAAAAACAUAAGGAAGCAUUGGAGUUUGCUUUUGCAGCUCAAUCUUUAGCUCCAUCUGAUUUUGAAAUUAUGGAGAGGGUGGAGCAUAUAAAGAAGAGUUCGGCUGCAGCUGAAGCUGACAAAACAAGCAUGGAAAGUGACAAAAGAUCAAGGGCAAAUUAUCGAGCUAAAAGAGUACUUUCUCUAAGUGACAUAAUCUACCAUACAGAAGGAGAAAAUGAUACUCCAAGUGGACCUGAAAGAGAAGACUCUGAUUACGAUGAUGUGCUUGAACUGGAUUUCGAAACAUUAAUAGCUGCCGAAGGAGGGCAUGAUGUUGAGUCCGAUGUUCUCCCAGGAAACUUAAAUUUGAGAAUUCACAGGAGAGGCGAUUUGAAUUUGAACGCAGAGAGGGUGACUGGGUCUUUUGGAUCACCUGUAUCUUCAUGUGAAAACGAGAAAGUGCCAAAACGGUCUGAGAUGGCGAUAGAUAUGAGGCAGAGAUAUGUUGGCCAUUGUAAUACAGGCACUGACAUAAAGCAAGCCAGUUUUAUUGGCCAAAGAGGUGAAUAUAUUGCUAGUGGAAGUGAUGAUGGUAGAUGGUUUAUUUGGGAAAAGAAAACUGGGCGAUUAUUGAAGAUGCUGCAUGGAGAUAAUGCCAUUGUCAACUGUAUACAAUGCCAUCCAUAUGAUUGUGUUAUUGCAACUAGUGGAAUCGAUAGCACGAUAAAGAUCUGGACUCCAACAUCUCCUGUCCCCUCCAGUGUUGCUGGGGAUGAAGGACCAGAGCCUUCAAAUGUGUUAGAAGCUAUGGAAGAGAAUCAGCGCAGAUUAUAUUGCACCCGUGAAGCUAUUUUGCCCUUUGAAAUUCUGGAGCGUUUCCGAAUGCAUGAGUUUGCAGAAGGAAGUUUUCAUCCUUUUGAGUGCACACAGAGUUGAUAAGUCCUAACCACUAUGUGUGGCCACAGAUGAGCGGUCAUUGCGUUCCAAAACUUCAUCCAGUCCGGAAGUGUGAUGCCAAGAAGCCUGUUGCGAAGAGGAAUGUCAAGGCCAAGCGCACAGCCGCAUAUGAAGGGAAAAAACGGAUUCAUUGUUGGCGAAUAUCAAAACAAGAAGAUUAAUUCAAGCACACACUAUCCAUUUUCAUUGUAUAUUAACUCAGUCGAAUAAGAUUUUUUAUAUGUAUUUGAAAUCUUAUUCGGUUCACACUGAUUAUCAAUUUGGUUCUACUAAACUUCAAUUGGUUUGAAUUGUUUAUGUAUUAUGGUGAAUCAAAUUGCUAGUAUUGUGGAACUAA